AUGUCACUUAAUAUUAAUUACCAAAACAUUAAAGUACCUUUUCCUCCAACCAUUAGUGUAGAUGAAAUCGUAAAUAUUCAUUUGAAAAAUGGUAUUGAAAACGGCAAUAAAACCAUGAAUGCAUUUAUGAUUUAUCGAAAAGAAUAUAAUAAUAUAGAAAUUUCAGAAAAUCUAAAUAACAAGAAAAUUAAAAAGAAGAAAAAGAAACCAAUUGACAAUGAUAAUAACAAUAAUAAUAUUCGUAAUAUUCAUAAUAUUCAU